ACACUUGUCAGUCAGUUGUCACUCCUUUAUUUUUUCUUGAAAUAGUGGGACGUUAAGAAAAGCUGAGUGCGUUUCACAGCAACAACACACUACCACAUCUGAUAAUGGCGAAUGCGAUCAAAUGCUUUGAGCUCAACACCGGCGAUAAGAUCCCCUCGGUGGGUCUCGGUACAUGGCAGUCCUCUCCUGGCCUCGUUGGUGAUGCAGUCGCCGCCGCUGUUAAGAUUGGUUAUCGUCAUAUUGAUUGUGCUAAGCUGUACGACAACGAAAAAGAGAUUGGGGCAGUUCUGAAAAAAUUGUUUGAAGACAAUGUAGUGAAACGUGAGGAGUUGUUCAUCACCUCCAAGCUCUGGUGUAGUGAUCAUGACCCUCAAGAUGUCCCAGAGGCAUUAAACAAAACUCUGCAAGAUCUACAGCUUGACUACGUUGAUCUUUAUCUUAUUCACUGGCCUGUACGGGUAAAGAAAGGUUCCGUUGGACUUAAGAUGGAGGACCUUUUGCCUGUAGAUAUUCCUAGCACAUGGAAAGCGAUGGAAGCACUCUAUGAUUCGGGCAAGGCACGAGCCAUAGGUGUAAGCAAUUUCUCCACCAAGAAACUCGCUGACCUCUUGGAGUUAGCUCGUGUUCCUCCUGCUGUUAACCAGGUAGAAUGUCAUCCUUCUUGGCGACAGACCAAGCUACGAGAUUUCUGCAAAUCCAAAGGUGUUCACCUCAGUGCAUACUCGCCGUUGGGUUCUCCAGGGACAACGUGGCUCAAGAGCGAUGUUCUGAAGAACCCUAUACUGAAUAUGGUCGCAGAAAAGCUCGGGAAAUCUCCUGCGCAAGUAGCGCUUCGCUGGGGACUCCAAAUGGGUCACAGUGUGCUUCCCAAGAGUACCAAUGAAGGAAGAAUCAG